GUCUCAACCCGGCUCCUCUUCCUCCCUCUCACUCCACCGGACCCAGUGAGGAUGAGGAGGCUCUGCUGAGCGCAGCCUCAACCAACGACUCCCAGACCUGCAGACGAAAGCCCUGCCUUCUGAGAUUUCUGCACAUUUCUACACAAACAGCAUCAUGACCAGGAAGGUGUUCACCAACACCAGGGAGCGCUGGCGCCAGCACAACGUCAACACGGCCUUCGCUGAGCUCCGUAAGCUCAUCCCCACCCAUCCUCCGGAGAAGAAGCUGAGCAAGAACGAGAUCCUGCGCCUGGCCAUGCGCUACAUCAACUUCCUGGUGCAGCUGCUGGAGAGCCAGAGCGGCCAGCCGGCCGGCCACUCCUCCACCGCCCUGCUCAGCUUCCUGAGGGGCAACAUGGAGCGGCUGCACUCGCCUCCCCGCACCUGGACCGCCACCAGCGACACCGAGGCGCCGUCGCCCGGAUCCAGGAGUGACAGCUCCGAGGCCUGGUAGACGAGAAGAACAUGGAGGACUUUUCAAACGGUUUUUUUAACGGGGGAAUAAAAACUCGUGUUGUGGGAGACGAGAAGCGUCCCUCCUGCAACGCUGAUUAUUUAUAAAAUAUAAUUUCCAGGAGAUAUUUAUACGUUUUCUGCAUGGAAGUGUCCCACGUUCCCUUCGUGUCUCCAUGUUUGCAUCCCUUGUUGCUGGAACUGAUUUAGUUUUGCAAGAAUUCCUUGUUUUCCAAUGAGGAAAAUGGAGGAUUAUGGAUUUUCUUAUUCUGACUUAGAUUAAAUGAGCAACAGAUGAAGGUUCAGACACGUCUCCAGACUGCAAACGAGCACUUUGUGUUUUUUUUCCUUUAAAAUGCCACAACUCAAUCAACAACAGAGUACUAGGGCCAUGCUAAGAAAAUAAAUUACAAGAAUAAAGUCAAAGUAAUACAGGAAUAAAGUCACAAUAAUGAGAAUAGUUGAUAUUUUGAGAAUAAAGUCAAAAUAUUGAGAAUAAAUUUUAAAUAAUAUAAGAAUAAAGUCGUAGUAUUACCAGAAUAAAGUCACAAUAUGACUUUAUUCUUGUCCAACUUUGUUUGAGACUUUUUUAUUCUCACUAUUUUGACGUUUUUCUCAUAUUACUUUGAUUAUUCUCGUACAAUUUUACUCUCAUAAUAUUAUGACUUUAUUCUCAGAAUUUUUUUUUCAUCAUUUCUAACUCUUAAUAUCUAAUUUGACCUUUUUUCAUUUAUCAAGUUUCUGAGGCUUCAGUGAAACCAGAUUUGCUGUUUUUCUUCCUCUUUCUCAAAGUUCUGAUGUUUGGAUGAAACUGACAAUCUGCUUCCAGUCAUUGCUCACAAAUAUCAGAUUUCUUUUUUUAAUUAAGUUUUUUUUUUUUUUGUAAAUACGCAUGUGAUAUGAUGGCCAAAGAUACUGAACUGAUUGUCAACUGUGAGGAGUGUGUAAAUGAUCAAUCUUAUAUGUCUUUGCUAAUUUAUUUUUGCUUUACUUGUGGACACAUAGUAUCUUAUUUAUUUUAACUAUUUAUUCAAUAAAGGAUUUGUUAACUA